GUGUUGGAACAUUCAAAGAAAUAGAGAUUGCUGUUUGUUUGGGUUUAUUUCACUCUGUUUGUAGCCUUGAAUGUGUCUUGGAGAAGUAGCUGGGAAUCUUGAAUCAUGCCACGUUCAGAGCUGCGGAAAGAGCGCUCACGUGAUGCAGCUCGCUCCCGCCGUAGCCAAGAGACGGAGGUCUUCUACCAGUUGGCGCAUACGCUACCCCUGCCUCGGGGUGUGACUUCUCACCUGGAUAAGGCUGCCAUCAUGAGGCUGACUCUGAGCUUUCUACGCAUGAAGCGCAUUUUGCAGAAUGAUUCCUUCCGAGAAGCAGAAGACGAUAUAGAUGGUUACUACUUAAAUGCCAUUGCAGGAUUUGUAAUGGUUCUGUCCUCUGAGGGUGACCUGAUCUAUUUAUCUGAAAAUGUCAGCAAGCAUCUUGGUGUGCCACAGCUGGAGUUGGUAGGUCAAAGUAUUUUUGACUUUGUACACCCUUGUGACCAGGAGGAACUUCGGGAUAUCCUGACUUCAAGACACGGCUACUCAAAGAAAAAGAAUUCUCAGAAUCAGGAUAUUCAGACUGAAAGAAAUUUCUUCUUAAGAAUGAAGAGUACUCUAACCAGUAAUGGCCGUACAGUGAAUCUUAAAUCAGCAACAUGGAAGGUACUUCAGUGUUCUGGACAUCUACGCACUUACCACACUGAAGAGGAUUCUACAAAAGAAGGCUUCACUCAGAUACCUCUCACCUGCCUUACGUUGAUUUGUGAGCCUGUCCCACAACCGUCCACUAUUGAUUUUCCCCUGGACAGCAGAACUUUUCAAAGCCGUCAUACCAUGGAUCUUAAGUAUACACAUUGCGAAGACAGAGUCUUUGAGUUGCUGGGUUAUCAGCCAGAGGAUCUGAUUGGACGGUCUGCCUAUGAGUAUCAUCAUGCCCUUGACUCUGAUCACAUAACCAAGAGCUUCCACAUCUUGCUUUCUAAAGGCCAGAUGUCCACUGGGCACUAUCGCUUCCUUGCCAAGAAUGGUGGUUUUGCAUGGGCCGAAACUUGUGCAACAGUCUUGUACAACAGAAAGAGUUCCCAGCCAGAAGGGGUGAUCUGUUUGACUUUCAUACUAAGUGGCCUGGAGGAGACAGAGAUUGUUUUCUCAGUUGAGCAGACUUUACGAAUUAUGAAGCUGAAGAAGGAGCCUGGCAGCCUCGAUGAAGAUGAAAAUAAAGAAAAUUGUCUCUUCCUGAAAACGAGCGAGACUACAGAGGAGCAUACAGGAAUGGCCACAGCCUUAGAAAAUAACAGCGUGCCUCUUCCAGAUUAUGCACAGCCCAAGGACUUGUCUUUCUCCCGGGCUCCCAAUGAUUCUUUGCCCGAGUCUCCCCAAGACCUGUGCACCCCUGAACUCCGACAGUUGCUUGCUCCAAUCUUUGAAAAGAGUGUCAAUGAGGAUUCUGGAAUUGGGUCUCCACCCAGCACAUUUAUGUCAUCUCCGAGAAGUGUUGAUGAACAGGCUUUUGAUAUGGAUGAAAUUGAAAAGUUUUUUGCUAACAAAAAGGAGAGUGAAAUGGCAGCAUAUGCAGGAGUUCCACAGGACGAGCCUUUGGAUCUGGACAUGCUGGCCCCCUACAUCUCUAUGGAUGAUGAUUUCCAGCUUAACUUUUUGAGUCACCUUCCUGAACCUCUAUCUCCAAAUGCAGAUUCACACACUCUUAGUGGAAGUAAUGCAAAAAAACGAGCUCUGGAAGAAGAGGAUGAUUUAAGUUCAAAAAAGAUGGCGUGGGAAAAACCAGACCUAGAUUCAGAAGGUGAACCAGUGCUGCUGAAAGAUGCUCUUCUGGGCUGCAUGGUAGAUGAUGAUGAUCAGGACAGUUUGAUGAUGGUCAAUCAAACCAAAAGCAUUUUGGAUGCUGGCGAUUCAUUAGAUGGAGUGAGAAGCUUAUGCCAUUCUGCAGCAUUGAUGAGCGUGUUCCUGACCAAUAGCCAGAUGGAUGAUGGGGAUUGUUUGACCUGAUUCAUCUUUUCCACGACGGCUUUGUUUAGGAAUUGGAUUGGAUGAUAAGUUUUCUACUCAACGCUUCUGGCGCACAGAACAUUGUAAACCUCAGCUAAUCCGCUCAGUUAGCCUGACACAGUGCCUAAAUAUCAGCAAUAUGUAUCAAGCCAUCUGUGCUUGUUCUGGGGGUGCUCAAAUUGGACAGGAAACAGCCAUCAAUUGUAUGCCGCUGUAUGUUUUUAAUGAUGCCUUGGAGGUUAAUUCGAUCGAGGGUGGGGGACAUGUACUUUUACUCAGUCUUCACAGUUUGGUGCUUGAUGCAGAAAAUCCUUUUUUUUUUUUCCUUGACCAAAUGCACAUUUGCAGAACAUUUUUGGUACGUGUCUUCAGAUCUAAACAAGCAGCAAGAAACGGGAGAAUGUGAUCUGCAGUGUUCUCCGUGGCCAUUUCCUGUUGAAUGUGACCUUCCCCAGAUUACACAGGGAUUGACAAAAUUUUGAGGUGUUUGAACAUCUCUUUUUCUGUUGGGUUUAAAAAAAAAAAAUGGAAAAAGGUUCAGAAUUCUUCAUCAGUCAGGCAAGCCAAUUGUCAUAACGCACAGAAACCAAUAAAUGCAUAGAAGCAAAAAAAUAAAAGUCUAACAUAAAGAUCCAGACUCCAGUCCGGUGCUGCUUACAGUGACCACUUAUAAAAACCCUUUAUUGAAGAUCACUCCCAGGAUAUGCAAGUGGUCUUUAUAAGCAGCCCAUUUUUCCUCCCUUUUAUUACUUUCUUAGGGUAGAGGGGAAAUUGCACAAUUUUUAAUGAUCAUUCAUGCAAACGUCAUGUAAGUUGAAUGUUAAAAAGCAUUGUUUCAAAGCAGGCUUUCUAUGUUAAAUAUUUUACAGUGUAAGAAAUUAACAGUGGCAUCAUUUUUGUAAUGUUUUUCAUGAUAUUGAAUUUAUUUGAGGUUUUUGUAUUUUUAGUAUUCUAAACUCUUAUGACUGAUACAAACAAAAUCUAAAGCAUAUGUAGAGUCAAAUUUGUAUGUUGUAUGGGAGAAUGCGGGGAUACUGUUUUUAUUCAGAAGUCAUAAGAAUGAGUUUUUAAAUGUCUCUUCAGGUUAUUAUUAGGACAUGUUUUCUCUUUCUCUAUCCUUUAAGGUAACAGUCCACAUUAGCAGUUUUUUGGGUGGUAGUUGUGAGCCUGGCACUAGAAAGACAUGCACAAUCACACCAGGUCAAUUCCCUGGACAUCUAGAAAAUCAGCUGGUUUUUAUAUUGUGGAAAGAAUAAACCACACUGCUAGUGAAUGUAGGGAAAAAAAUGUUUUACGGACAUUCACAUUGGAUAUUUUAUGUACGUUUUCAUUUUUUUUUUUUUUAAAAAGUAACCUUUCUUGGGUGUGCUGUACUGUAUACGGAAUUAGCAUAUACUUUUUAUUGUAUCAUGAUUCCUAAGUAGUGUUUCAUGCAUCUGCUUAUGUUAAAGUAGAAACAGAGAGAAGUUGCUAAGGAAAAGUUACUAAAUCUUAUUUGUGUUGUUUUGGUGACAGUGCCCUUUUGUGCUUAACCCGGACAGCAUUUCCAUUCUUAAGAACACAUUAGGAGGCUGACCCAGCAUAAUCUCCCAUCAGUUAAAGGUGCUGUUUCCAUUUUGUUUGAAUUUUUAUACAUAUUUUUCUUUUUAAAAAAAAAAAAAAAUUUAUACUGUGCCUGCAGGUAGGUGAAUGAGUUCAAAAUCUGUAGUGCAGAAUUGUGACGCUGUUAUUGCUUUGAUGACUUAUAAUGUAGCAUUUAUUCUUCCUGUGUCCAUCAGUUUGUAAUUUUUUUUUUUUUUUAUAAUGUUGAGCAAUGUGAAAGCCUAGUGCAGCCAUGUUAUUAGAAUUCCAAGUGUAGGCAGAGUUGGAUAUAUUUUAGACCAACAUCAAUCAAAAUGAUUUUAGUAAAUCUCCUACCAUGGCUCCUGAUACCUGUAAGGAAUGGUAUCGGAGCAGUGCACGUCGCACCUGUUGAGCUUAAAUGAAUAAAAGCAAAUCAUGUUCUUCCAUUUUUGGAGUAAAGUAGCAGUCUUCACUUUGGUAUUUCCGAAUUGUGGCAGAUGUAUGUAGCAGGGACAGUCGUGAGAUGCUAUAAGUGUUUCUCCCCCUGUGCUUUUACACCCGGUAGAGGGUUCAGAUUUGAAAAGUUAACAUCCUUGGGUGGGGUGGAGUGGGGAAAAUGCAUUUGCCAACCUGUGCCCUUUAAAAAGUGCACCACCUGCACUUUACAUCGAACAAAAGUGGCCACAUUACGCAGAGUGCAAGAUGUACUGGUAGAAAAGGUAGACAUUUUCUCUCCAUUUGAGAUACCAGUGUGUAGUCCCACAAAGCAGGGUCUUGAGCCAAAACGACUAGACUCUAUAAGAGUGUGCUGGCAGUGCCAAUGCCAGGUAAGCUGAAGGUGCACAUGUGAUAGGGAAACUCUCUAGGUAAUGGCGGAUGGGAAUGAGCAGUUAGUUUUCUGAGCAGUGCCGUUUUCUAUAAUGCUGUCAGUUCCCACGAGGUCCUGAUGGUGUGUUCUGUUCUCUCCAGUUGGCGUGCAGUGUUCUUCAUUAACCUCUGCGGCUCCCAAGCAGCCAAACGGAAGGAGACAAUUUCCAGUGUUAUUUCGCACAUAUCUUUUCGGUGUCAUUUUUAAACCUCACUCUUUUCGGUACAAAGGGUUUUGCACACUUCAUUGUUUUACCUCACAGAAAGCAAACGUGUCUUGACUGCAGAGUGUCGUAUAUUUACUGCAUUCAGCACAUCUUGUUUUCCUAAAAGAGCCUUAAAUGUCCUUACUGAGCUUUCUUCACGGAGCGUGCAAAACUCCUUCAACUUCGGCAGCCCUUCAGCUGUUGGGGGGUCACAGCUCUGUAAAGGUUUGGGAGGCGCUGCACGUACAAGCUGAUAUCCUGAGCUCUGUUUGACAUUUCUGUUUAUUGUCCCUUGUGGUGAAUGUCUUUUUUUUUUGUAUAUCCAUCAAUAAAAUAGCACUACAAAUGAGA